UUGGGGGUUGGGUGGUGGUUUGGCAGAGGGGAGAUCCGUAUGUCAGAGUAUGAGAUGUCUCCAUGGCAACGGAAGUUGUUGGGGAGGAGGGGAGAGUGAGCUGGCAGGAAAAAAAGAUGGAAAGCAACAAUAAGAGGACAUUGGACAAAUAUGGACUACGUGAUGCUCCUCUGAUUAUUAUGGCACGGCUGCAACAAUUGACCAUCUACUCAAUCUCCAUUACUCACACACACAAUAAAUCACCAUAACACCACACACACAGGUGUAUACACACUACUAACAAAACGACUCCCAGGUCCACUGCAGAGAUUUUGUCAUGUCCCAGCUCCCUUCUCUUGGAAAGGCAGCAGGUAGUGGGACAGUACAGGGCUUGUACAAUAUAAAGGGCAAAGGAAUGCUUUUUGUAGUAAUGCUCCCCAGGUCAUUAUUUAUUAUUGAGAAGCGAUACAAAGGUUUGAUAAGCCUAGGUUACGGUAUAUCUCCAGUUAUUUAAGGUUUAACAAUACCAUAGCCGUGAUGUAUUCUUAAGUGUACAAGCCCUAUGUGCAGGAACACUAUACCGUUGAUGCAUAUCUAGCUAGCAGUAUUUACUCUUAACCAACACUUAACACUUGAAACCUGUCCCUGUGCAACAGGAUGGUAUCCAAGGCGCUAGUAGCUAUUAAACAUACUUCUACUUGAUUUAUAGGUUGCAUGAUCCAAAGAGAGAGAGAGUGUGUGUGUGUGUGUGUGUGUGUGUGUGUGUGUGUGUGUGUGUGUGUGUGUGUGUGUGUGUGUGUGUGUGUGUGUGUGUGUGUGUGUGUGUGUGUGUGUGUGCGCGUGUGCGUGUGUGGCGUGUGCCUGCGCAGAAAGUCAGACGCUGAAGUAUUUCCUCUUGACUGUUCUCUUCGAUUUCUGGCUGUCUCAGAUGUAAGAUCCUUCAAACAAGCGCAGUACACACAAAUAUCAGGUCUUGUGAAAGAAGGUCGUGAAGAGGCUUGUGCACUCCUUUUCUAGAGCUCCCUUCAACUGGAGGGACUUGUCAGGGGGCCUCACUGCCUCGGAAGGGUCCAGAACAAGGAGCUUUCCUUUGUGUUCUUAGAUGUCUUUCUUUGUGUAUAUUCACAACGUGUUCUACUGCAGAGUUGAGGAGUUGACGUCAUGCUAGGUUCUGCCUGUUAUGUUCGACACAAUACUAUUUGUUCUAGGUGCUUUAUUGCUCCUUAAUUAUCAUGGGACACAACAUGAUGUUGUACAUGAUAUAUAUAUAUAAUUUUAUAUCACACAACAUGAUGAUACGACGAUGAUACAUAAAUAUAUAUAUAUCAUGUAUAGAUAAUUUUUGACAAAACAUGAGGAUGUUACUUCAUAAGUAUAUAUAUAUAUAUAUAUAUAUAUAUAUAUAUAUAUAUCAUGCAUAAUAUAUUUAUGUAUAUCAUGUUUAACAUACUUAUCCCAUAGCUGACAUGCAUUCAUGACAUGUAGCAUGUCACAUAAGGUUCAACAUGGCUUGCUGACAGAUGAGGGGAUCGGUUGGUUGCUGAAAGACAGCAGUAGGUAAAGGUUCAGACACUCAGACCACAUCUGCAGCACACACAAGGGUUCUUUCCACAGCCCUUUCCAUCAGAAGAGGGCCAUUGGUGGGUUGGACCUCUAAAAGACCAGCGUUGAAAUCGUAUCCUUCACUGAACGGAGAAGUACGCAACAAAACAUGACCCACACCACAAUUUAGGCCCUCCUCCGGCUCAUCCUCUACAGUCUACAUGGUUCACGCCACGCUGAGAGAAACUGAUAUGUCCGGGUUAAUAUUUAUCAAGAGUUUAAGAAUGUCAUGAGACAGGUUUAUCCUCUCCUAUGUGCGUGCGUGUGUAUGUGUUGUGUGUGUGUGUGUGUGUUUAUGGUGGUUGCGGCAUUAAAGAGCAACAAGAUAUGUAAAUGGCUGUGUAUUUUGUGUGUGUGUGUCUGCAUGAUCAUGAGCAUGAGCAGGUGAACAGGAUGUUUGUGCAGGAUAGUCAGAGACACACUAAGAAUUGUAUUGUUUGGCAGAGACAAGGCACACAAUUGUUGGUGUUGGUAGGUGCAUCGAAGAAUCUACAAAACAAAUCCAUUUUUCUUUUAUUAAAUAGUUAUUCCCAAUAAAGGCUGGAAUUUGCCAUUCUCUGAAUAGCCUCAUCUUCAAAGCACUCAUUUCAAUCACUUUACAUUAAUUAUGAAAAAAUAGGGCUACGCCUAUGGAACAACUCUAUUAAAGCAAUAACACAACUAUACACAAGCCAACUCUUUGGCAUAAUUUGCUCUUAAAAUAAGCUGUUUGUGCAUUGCUAUUAUUAGGCAACUUUGAGGAAACAACACGGUCUUUGUUGACGUCAGUCAGUAUUGUCCUGUAAUUGUGCCACAGAGUUUCAGCCAUUAAGGUUAGCCUUGCACUCACUGCACUUUUCCCAGCGCUGCUCUUCCAUGGAACCGAGAUAGGCCAGCGUUCGACAGCUUCAUCUCCUAAUCAAUGAAGUCGAUGGGGACUUUCUCAUUUUUAGACAGGCUAAUCUAGUUGUUGCCACAGUUGUUCCCAAGGAAACGGUGACGCUUGGUUAAAAUCGAAAGUUAGACAAAGGCUGCAGUAAAUUUUAUUAAGGUGCAAAGCCAGGUCGCUCGGUCCGCUAAGAGGGCUGCAUUUCCUCUUCUUGGUCGAACACGCUUCUUUUUUUCUUUUGACGUCGAAAGGUUUUCUGAGCAUCGCAUUGAUGUCGUUUAUUCACAAGACAUUUUUUUGUUUCUUCUGUUUUCCCUUGUUUCUGAAAUAUGUGAACGCUCUUAUUUCUAUACCCAGCCUGGUUGCAUAAACGAGAAAAAACAUAUCGACACAUAGGCCUACAUGAUAUGCCUACAAAACACCCAAAAGCAAAUAGUCAUCCUGAAUAUUAAUUAUUGUUCUUUAAGUAAUGAAGGCGUUGCCCUUUGGCAUUCAGGGCAAUAUAGACUAAAUUAACAAAAUACCUCCCGCUCAUAAUUGAACAUAUUUUAAACCUAAUGCUAGCAUUGUCCACCCCUGAAAUCCAACAAUGCAGGUAGCCUACUUGAAGGAGACAAUCUAAUGAGGUCCAUAUGGUAUUGGACUGGUCAGCUGCUUCCCGCUCCACGGGGAAAGUCUAUAAAAACCAUCGCUCGGCUCAGUCUCCUGCAGGAGGCUAUCUGAGAGCGCGCCGACAGCACGCGCAUUGGGUUAUCGCAGGCGGAGGAGUGACACCUGUUACAGAGGGAGCCGGGAGAGCAGAAAGUCAGCCUUUAUACGUCAUCACAGACGCCACCUCCUCCUCCGUCCCUCCUCCCCCUUGCCCAGCCUCCCUCCCCCCACCCACGCCUCCCUCUUCACCUCCGCCAGGUGGGACCAGGCGGGACCAGGCUGGACCAUGUGGAUGCUGGACAAGAUCCGCGGCUCGGUGGAGACGGGCGUGCUGCGGCAGGGCGAGAACGGGGACAAGAAGGGCGCCGCCCUGGGCUACAGCAACGUCCUCACCCCCGACAAGAUCCCCGACUUCUUCAUCCCCCCCAAGCUGGUCAACAACCCCCCCGAGCCCGAGGUCCCAGAGCCCAAGCCCAAGGAGAGCCUGCGGCCGUCGGCGUCGGAGAACGCCAUCGGGGGCGGGGGCGGCGGCGGCGGCGGCGGCGGUAAGAAGAUCAGCAGCCCCCGCAGCCCCCGGCUGGUGGCCCGGCUGGCGGGGGACACCAAGAACCUCCUGCGCCACGCCGCCAACCGCCACAUCAUCCAGAUCGAGAGCGCCGACGACGUGGUGGCCGGCGACACCAACGCCGACCCCCAGUCGCAGACCGCCAUGUCCCUGCCGUACGUGCCCAAGACGCAGACCUCCUACGGCUUCGCCACGCUCAAGGAGAGCCCGCACACCCGCCGCAAGGAGUCGCUGUUCCACUGCGACCCGCCCAGCCCCGCCACCUCCCCCGGCGCCCAGAGGAAGGGCGGGGGGAGGGGCGGCGAGGCGGGGGCCACCUCCUCGUCCUCCACCGCCGCCACCGCCAACCACCUGAACCCGGCCGACUUCAACUCCUCCCACAUGAACCCCUACCGCUACUUCAGCGGCGGCGAGAGCGACACCUGCUCCUCGGCCGAGUCCUCGCCCUUCAACUCCCCGCUGCUGUCGCGCUCGGCCUCGCUGCUCAAGAUCUUCACCCACGAGACGCAGGCCAAGGUGGUGAAGGCCAAGCGCACCUUCGCCCGCCACAGCUCCCUCUCCACCGACGAGGGCAGCUCGGCCGAGCCCAGCCCCAACGCCCAGCGCCGGCUCCACGGCGCCGACCCGGGGGGCCCGCGCGAGCACACGGUCAACCUGCACAAGGGCGGCGCGGUGCGCGUCAGCGCCAACUACGACGCCGGCACAUCGCGGCUGCGCGUGCGCGUGCUGGCGGCGGAGAGCCUGUACGACAAGGCGGUGGACAUCAAGAGCAUCCACUGCUGCGUGUCCGUGUACCUGAACCCGGGCAAGCAGCAGAAGCAGCGCAGCAACAUCAUCAAGAACAGCCGCAACCCCGCCUUCAACGAGGACUUCUUCUUCGACGCCGUCACGCCCGCGCAGGUGAAGAGCCUGGCGCUGAAGAUCAAGGUGGUGAACAAGGGCACCAGCCUGAAGAGAGACACCCUGCUGGGGGAGAGGGAGGUGGCCCUCAGCAAGCUGGUCUCUGGGACCUAGGUGUGGAGGAA